AUGCUGCACGGCACCGCACUGGCCACGGUGGUGGCCUUCGGCCUCUCCCUCUCGCUGGCGUCCCCGCUCAGCAAGCGCGCCGCCCUCGAGGACUGCCUGUCGAGCUCGGGCGUGAGCGUCGACAGCCAGGGCUCCGACGACUGGUCGCUGGACGUCGCGCCCUUCAACCUGCGGCUCAACUUCACGCCCGUGGCCAUCGCCGUGCCGACGACGGUGAAGCAGAUCCAGGACGCUGUGGCCUGCGCCGUCAAGCUCGGCGUCAAGGCGAACCCCAAGUGCGGCGGGCACAGCUACGGGUCAUUCGGCCUGGGCGGCGAGGACGGGCACCUGACGAUCGAGCUGGACCGCAUGAGCAAGGUGACGCUGGACAACAAGACGGGCAUCGCGACGAUAGAGGGCGGCUCGAGGCUGGGCCACGUCGCGGCGGAGCUGUAUGCGCAGGGCAAGAGGGCGUUCAGCCAUGGGACUUGUCCCGGUGUCGGUGUCGCAGGACACACGCUCCACGGCGGCUUCGGCCUGAGCUCGCACACCAAGGGCCUCGCGCUCGACGCCCUCGUCAGCGCCAAGGUGGUCCUGGCCAACUCGACGGUGGUCUCCUGCUCGGCGACCGAGAACCCGGACGUCUUCUGGGCGCUGCGCGGCGCGGGCGGCUCGAUGGGCGUGGUGGCCGAGUUCCAGUUCCAGACCUUUGCCGUGCCGGAGCAGGUGACCAUCUUCGUGGCGUCGGCUCCCUGGAAGCAGGACAAGGCGGCGGCGGGCCUCAAGGCGUUCCAGGACUACGUGGCCAACACGAUGCCGGCCGAGCUCAACAUGCGGCUCUUCCUCAACCGCAUCUACGCCAACUUUGAGGGCCUGUACUACGGCGACAAGGCCGGGCUGGUGGCGGCGCUGCAGCCGUUCCUCAACGCGACCAACGGGACGCUGCAGUACACGCAGACGGGGACGUGGCUGGACCAGGUCAAGCACUUUGGCAACGGGGUGGCGCUGAACCAGACGCACCCGUACGACAUGCACGAGACCUUUUACUCGUCGAGCCUGUACUCGCAGGCCCUGACCGACCAGCAGCUGGCUGCCUUUGUCGACUACUGGUUCGGCGCGGGCAAGAAGCAGACGCGCAACUGGUGGAUCCAGGUCGACGCGCACGGCGGCAAGAACUCGGCCAUCCCCAAGGUGCCGGGGAACUCGACGUCGUACGCGCACCGCGACUACCUGUUCCUGUACCAGUUCUACGACCGGGUCAACUUCGGGGCCUACCCGGCGGACGGGUUCCCGUUCCUGCAGAGCUUCAUCGGCAACCUGACGGGCACGAUGAAGGACGGCGAGUGGGGCCGGUACGUCAACUACCCGGACACGCAGCUGGACCAGGCGACGGCGCAGAAGAACUACUGGGGCGGGCACCUGGCGAAGCUGCAGGCGAUCAAGGCGCAGCUGGACCCGAACGAUGUGUUCCACUACCCGCAGGGCAUCUUGCCGGCGGCAAGUGCCUGA